CAAAAAAGAGAGAACCACUAGAUGUAAGAAAUUUUGAUUAUAGUGCUCGAAGCUGGACUGGAAAAUCUCCAAAACAAUUUUUGAUUGACUGGUGCAGGAAGAAUUUUCCCAAGAGCCCAAAUCCCUCUUUUGAAAAAGUUCCAGUUGGAAAAUAUUGGAAAUGUAGGGUCAAGAUUGUCAAAUCAUCAGAUGAUGUAAUGGCAAUGUGUCCUACAAUUGUAACUGAAGACAGUAUGCAAGCACAGCAUCUAGCUGCUACUUUGGCACUCUACCAUCUGACCAAAGGACAAUCAGUUCAUCAGCUGCUGCCUCCGACCUACCGAGAUGUCUGGCUGGAAUGGAGGGAUAUUGAAAAGAAAAAGGAGGAAGAGAACAAGAUAGAGUCCAACAAGCCUCGUGAUACCUUUAUUGCUAGGUUAUUGAACAAACUCAAACAGCAACAGCAGCUGCAGUCCGAAAACCAGCCUAAAGUGUCUGAGGGUCCUGAAGAUUCCUGGGAAAACUUAGUUUCUGAUGAGGACUUCAGCAGUCUCUCCCUUGAGCCCUCAGAUGCAGAUAAUUUGGAACCUUCAAGAAUACUGUUCAAAAAGCUGCAAAGUUCCUCCAAAUACCAGAGGCUUCUGAAAGAGAGGCAGGAGUUACCUGUGUUUAAGCACAGAUACUCGAUUGUAGAAACUCUUAAAAAACAUCGAGUAGUUGUUGUGGCUGGUGAAACAGGCAGUGGGAAGAGCACCCAGGUGCCCCAUUUCUUGUUAGAAGACUUGUUGCUGGAUGAAGGAUCGAGUAAGUGCAACAUUGUUUGCACACAACCCCGAAGAAUCUCAGCAGUGAGUCUGGCAACUAGGGUUUGUGAGGAGCUAGGCUGCGAAUCAGGACCAGGAGGAAAAAAUUCCCUGUGUGGAUAUCAGAUUCGUAUGGAAUCAAGAACAGGAGAAGCCACCAGACUGCUGUACUGUACAACGGGUGUCCUGCUUCGGAAACUUCAAGAAGAUGGUCUUCUUUCAAGCAUAUCUCAUGUUAUUGUAGAUGAGGUACAUGAAAGAAGUGUCCAGUCUGAUUUCUUGCUAGUUAUCCUGAAAGAGAUCUUGCAUAAGCGUUCAGACCUGCAUCUGAUUUUAAUGAGUGCUACUGUGGACAGUGAGAAGUUUUCCAGCUAUUUCUCACACUGUCCCAUUUUAAGGAUCUCAGGGAGGAGUUACCCAGUUGAGAUUUUCCAUGUUGAAGAUGUAAUCGAAGCAACUGGCUACGUUCUGGAGAAAGACUCAGAAUAUUGUCAGAAGUUCCUGGAGGAGGAGGAGGAAGUAACAAUAAAUGUUACUAGCAAAGGAGGAGGCAGUAUGAAGUACCAGGAGUAUGUCCCAGUCCAGUCUGGGCCUGGCAGCGAUUUGACUCCUUACUAUGCAAAGUACAGCAGUCGUACACAGCAGGCUAUCCUAUAUAUGAACCCGUACAAGAUCAACCUUGAACUUAUUUUGGAGCUGCUUGCAUACUUAGACAGAAGUCCGCAGUUCAAGAACAUUGAGGGUGCUGUGCUGAUCUUUUUGCCAGGCCUUGCCCAUAUCCAGCAGCUCUAUGAUCUCAUUUCGACUGACAGAAGAUUUAACUUGGGUGACCGGCACAAGUUGAUAGCUUUGCAUUCUGUGCUUUCAACUCAAGAUCAAGCAGCUGCAUUUUCCAUACCUCCUCUUGGUGUUAGAAAGAUUGUUUUGGCAACCAACAUAGCAGAGACAGGUAUUACAAUACCAGAUGUUGUCUUUGUAAUUGAUACUGGAAGAACGAAAGAAAACAGGUAUCACGAAAGCAGUCAGAUGAGCUCCCUGGAAGAGACCUUUGUGAGUAAAGCCAGUGCUCUGCAGCGACAAGGGAGAGCUGGGCGUGUCAGGGAUGGGUUCUGCUUCCGAAUGUACACGAGAGAGAGGUUUGAAAGUUUCAUGGAAUAUUCUGUUCCAGAAAUACUGCGUGUGCCUUUGGAGGAAUUAUGCCUUCAUAUUAUGAAAUGCAAUCUUGGCUCUCCUGAAGAUUUUCUUUCCAAAGCAUUAGACCCACCGCAGCAGCAAGUAAUUGGUAAUGCAAUGAACCUGCUGAGGAAGAUUGGGGCUUGUCAGUUAAACGAGCCCAAGCUGACUCCAUUGGGCCAGCACCUUGCAGGCCUUCCUGUUAAUGUAAAGAUUGGCAAAAUGCUUAUAUUUGGUGCUAUAUUUGGCUGCUUGGAUCCUGUGGCAACUCUGGCUGCUGUUAUGACAGAAAAAUCCCCAUUUACUACACCAAUUGGACGAAAAGAUGAAGCAGAUCUGGCAAAAUCAUCUCUAGCUAUGGCAGUUUCAGACCAUAUAACCAUCUACAACGCUUAUUUGGGGUGGAAAAGGGCUCGACAAGAAGGAGGGUAUCGUGCUGAAAUGACUUACUGCAGAAGAAACUUCCUUAACAGGACUUCACUGUUAACUCUGGAGGAUGUGAAGCAAGAACUCAUAAGGGUGGUCAGAGCAGCAGGAUUCGCAGCACCUACAACACAAUGUGGACGGGAUGGAAACGGAGCCACACAAUCCCUUUCUCUCAGUGAAAUAGCUCUUCUUAAAGCUGUGUUGACGGCAGGGCUGUAUGAUAACAUAGGAAAAAUAAUGUAUACGAAGUCUGUGGAUAUCACAGAGAGGCUGGCUUGCAUGGUAGAAACUGCUCAGGGUAAAGCACAAGUGCAUCCCUCCUCUGUAAAUCGAGACUUGCAGACAUAUGGAUGGCUGCUUUACCAGGAGAAGGUAAGAUAUGCUAAGGUGUAUUUGAGAGAAACUACUUUAAUAUCCCCCUUUCCCAUUUUGCUGUUUGGUGGGGGUAUAGAAGUGCAGCACCGGGAGCGUCUCCUGACAGUUGAUGGCUGGAUCCAUUUUCAGGCUCCUGUAAAGAUAGCAGUAAUUUUCAAACAACUGAGAGUUCUCAUUGAGUCUGUUUUAAAGAGGAAGCUUGAAAAUCCUAAAAUGUCACUUGAAGGUAACUUUAUUACUGCAUUGCUGACAUUGCUGUUUAAGUGGACCUUGUGGCAAAUCUGA